AUGAGCCAAGCUCGCUCCUUCGUCGCACUGGCGGCUUCGCCUAGGUUUUCAUCCUAUGCUACCAACAGAAAAUCACGCUCUGUUCACACUAAUCCACGACUUCAACCAGCGUACUCUGGCCAUGUACCACUGACCCCAUUUGAAAAUGGAUUUCUCGCAGUUGGCUCUGCACUCAUGUCUCUCAUAGAUACUCUUCAUUUAGACAUGGUUGCAGCUUGCGGAGAAACCACUGCUGGGUCAACUCUGGUAAAGUUGAGGGAUAUAAUGCUGGAGUCUCCAGAGGGUCGGCGCAUUCUCAAAGAAAUGCCACGUAUCAAUUCGCAGACCUUGGACCUGAAGAAGCUGGGGUCCCUUCCAGAGAACACCUUUGGACGUGCUUAUGUGGGGUGGCUUGAUACUUGCAAAGUCACACCCGAUUCUCGAGAGCCCGUACACUAUAUUGAUGACCCAGAGCUAGCAUAUGUCAUGCAGCGCUAUCGCGAGACGCACGACUUCUAUCACGCCCUCUUUGGAUUUAAAGUCUCGGCUCUUCCCGAGCUUGCACUCAAAGCUUUUGAGUUUACGAAUCUAGGCUUCCCCAUGACUGCAUUGUCCCUUGGAGCCUCAAUAAGACUUAAGCCACAUCAGCGGGCCCGACUUUGGGGGGAAUUUGUCCCAUGGGCUGCGAGAUGCGGGAGUCAUGCGAGGUGCUUGCUUACAGUGUAUUGGGAGGAGAGAUGGGGACAGGAUCUGGACGAAAUGAAGAAGGAAUUUGGUGUCUGGGAUCCACCAGCAGGGAUCACUAUCCCGCGGCCCUCGCGUGUUGACUUCCCCUGA